AGAAGAGGCAUUGCAGAGUAUGUUUGCCCUCAUGAGGAACAAAGGUCCAAUUGCUUCAGGAGUGACUUGCCUAGCAUGGUGCUGCCACUUAACAAAUUUUCGUUGAAUGAAUGUAGAAGUCAGUACUUGAACAGGAAAAAAAAGAAGAAGAAGACGCCCAGAUAAUAGCCUUGGGAAGCAUUACAUCAUCAUCAGAAUAACUAGUGGGGAUGGAGAUGAAGGGAUCAAAUAGCACAGAAUCCUCAUAAAACCUUGAUGAUGCAACUCUUUUUUCUUCAUAUUUUCAGGAGUAAACAGUGCCCCAAUUAGAAAAUCCUAUCCACAAGGACUUGUAGAGGCAAGCACGGUAGAGAGCACUUGGUGCUUCCACAAGGAGCUCAUUGCUGCCCCUGCUGAGGGGCAGAAAUACACCAUGGCCCUUUUCCAGGCCUUCAUACUCUGUUGACACGUGAGGAGAAGGGAGCACAGCAUUAAGCUUUUUUUUUUUUUUACAAGGCAAGAUGAGUACAUUGUUCAGGGCGUUGUCAUUACAGAACUUGUUUAGACAGGUGUAUUUAUUCCUUCCAUAUACGCUGGAAUGUAUCCCCUGGGUCAGGUCACAUGGAAGGGAAGGGGAGAGGGACUGCCUUUGAUCCCAAAGCCAGGAAGUGACUGGCUUCAAGCUGUUCUGGGAGUGAGAUACGGUCGCCAGCCACAAACACCACUUCUGUCCCCCAACCCCGGGAUCGUCCUCAUAUCCUUCUGGCCAGCACAGAGGAAGCUGGCUCUAUAGGAACCACAACCAACAAGGAAGAUUCUCCAGGGUUUUCUCGAGACAUCUGGAUUCAGCUUUCAGCAAGAAAUUAUUCUCAGACUGGAUGAUGAAAGGUGAUGGCUUUAUAUGGUUGAGGUAGAUAAGGAUUUAGGGAGGGAUGAGUGUUUUAGGGAAGGGAGGAAAAAAGGAUGGAUAAAGAGAAAAGAUGUUUUUUCAUAGGAUAAUUAUAUAAAUCAAUGGGGAUGAGAGAUUUAUGUAAGCAAGGAGCACAAUAGGGUAUAUAUUUAAAUAUAAUUUAUAUUUUUAAUAAUAUGUAAACAAAACAAAAUAAAAUAAGAUGUGAAGAGAGAGGAAUACAAUGAUAUGAAUAAAGGGGACAGUAGGUUGAGAGGAGCUGGGAGCAAAAUGGGAUAAGAGGGAUUGAUGCUUAAUAGGGGAAAGCACAGUAGAGAUGAAAAUACUGGCAAGGAUGGGAAUGCUGUGUUAUUUGGAGAUGAGAGCAUAGAGUAAAAAUACAGAAAUACAGUGAGUAAACAUUUAUUAAACACUUGUUGUGUGUCAGGCACUAUGCUGAUGUGCUGAGGAGUCAAAAAAAGGCAGUUCCUAUUUUCAGUGAUUCCACAGUGAAGCAUGUAGGAAAAUAGUGGAUAAAGGGGAAUAUGAUCACAGUGGAAUGAAGGGGGGAAUAUAGCAUUAGAAUGAAUUGAGGGAGGGAUAGGAUCCCAGUAGGGAUGAGAAGAUUAAAUGAAACAAGAAAAGGAGACUGGGGAGAUUAUGGGAUAAUUGGACAUAAAGCACAAUCAUGAAUGGGGAUAGGAACACAAUGAAAUAGGUGGGGAUGGGAGCACAGCUGACCAAGGAGACAGUAACUGAAAGCCGAGGUGGGAGCCACUAACUUCUUGAAUGUAUAGCUUGUUGCCCUCUGCUCCCUUCAUUUUUCCUCCCCCAUAGGAGAGAUGGCACCAGCUCUGGCAGGCUCAUGCCCCCUCUUGCUUCUUUUUCUGGGCCUAUGGGAGGUCCCAGUUGGCACAAAGCCUCAGAACCUGACCUAUGCCCAGUGGUUUCAAGUCCAGCAUGUGCAGCCCAGCCCUCUCCAAUGCAACAGGGCCAUGGGCAGGAUUAACUAUUACACCCAGCGCUGCAAGCCCCUUAACACCUUCCUCCAUGACACUUUCCCAAAUGUGGCCAUUGCCUGUGGAUCCCCCAGCAUGACUUGUAAGAAUGGCCAAGGGAACUGUCAUCAGAGCCCUGGCACAGUUCCCAUUACCCAGUGUGACCUCACCUCUGGGAAAUACCCUAACUGCCGCUAUAGCGACGCCUGCCUUGAUAGAGCCUUCGUUGUGGCCUGUGAUCCCCCUGAAGAUGGUGAUCCCCCUGAAUAUCAGCUGGUUCCUGUGCACCUGGAUGGCAUCGUUAGCCCCUGAAAGCCCUCUGUCCAAGCCUGGCGGGGAGGCUGACACACUGGUUCUCUUGCUGCCUUCUGCGCUGGCCCCUAGAGGUUCUUUCUUCUGGUUUAGAUUCUUCUAGGGAUGAACAAUGGGAGGGAGGAGGAAUGAGAAAUAAUAUUACUGGGAGUAGAUCCAAGAAGGGAACUGCUAUUAAUCCUUUCAUUGCUGCUGCUCUACAGAUUCAUCCAUGUUAAAUGAGACAAAAUAUCAGCUCUCUUAUCAUCCCAAACAUCUUGUUUUUAUAUCCUAAUUCCUAAUCCCCAAACCCAUUGACCCCAAUGGAAGAAAGUAGGCAAUAGUUAAUUAUCAAUAAAAAUAAAUUUUAAAAUAAA